AUGUCGACGGCGGAUAUCUCGAACAUAUGUGCGAACUUGACUUUGGCCGAUGUGGAGGAUGAGGACAUAUCCGUGCACAUAGUGAACUCCCCGAUCGAGCAGUCUGAUGGAGAUGAUGUGUUCUACGUUGUCUGCCGAGUUGUCACAGACAAGCAGAUUCGCUUCCCUUACUUUCAAGACACGAUGGCUGGUGUAUGGAGGCCGGCUAUGGGAGUGACUAUGCGUCAACUACAGCCCCAACGAUUUCUAGUCCGUUUUUAUAAUGAAGCGGAAUGCACACGUAUUCUGACGGAGGGACCGUGGACCUUUGAGCAGUGUUUAUUAAUUAUGCAGAGGCUGCAGCCAGGAGUGGAACCGGAAGACAUGGUACUCCAACAUGCUGAGUUUUGGAUUCAAAUACAUUCUUUGCCUGUGGGUUUCCGAUCCGAGGUCAUUGUCGCUGCAAUUGGUUCUUUUUUAGGGAACUUGGUGCAAACGGAUGAACGGAACUUUGAUGGGUCCAUGUGCAUAUUCUAUCGUGUCCGAGUUGCCAUUGAUGUCGCCAAACCCUUGAAGAAGCAGAUGAAAUUAAAGAAGGAUAAUGGUUCUUGGGCGUUCAUUGAUUUUCGGUACGAACGACUUCCAACUUUCUGCUUUCGGUGUGGAUUGAUUGGUCAUGGGGAUCGUUUCUGUCCGAAGAUUGCUCAGGGUUAUGAUCCAAAAGCAAAAAAGCCUUACGGGGCAUGGAUGCGUGCGGGAACCAGGCGGACUAUGCCCACUUCGGGCCAGAGGUGGAUAGCUCCGGAGUCGAAUCCUGACCGGUUGAAUUGGAGAUCCCCGGCGAUGGAAUCUGAUAAGGGUGAAGGAGUAGAUUAUAGUGGGAACAUGGGUGCGGCUCCCAUGUAG